AUGCUCGAGAUGCUCUCUGGCAACGUGCCCUUCGACGACAAAGCGGCUGAGAACGACGAGAAGGUCGUGUUCGCUGCGCUCGUGAACGGGAAUCCCUGGAGCAUCGGCGGGAAGUACAGGAGAUCUGCGACACCAACACUGCGACCGCCGCUGGCGCCUGCUGCGCGCUGCAGAGACGUCGCGGUGACCAGCUUGAGCGAUGGGGUAGGGCUCGGACUCGCCUGGGCAGGCGAAACGGCCCGCUUUGGCCGUGCGUCUUCUCCUCGUUGCCGACUCCUGUGUCCAGGCGGUUUUAGUGCGCAUGCACAUCGUUGCCCUUGCGAAUUCAAUUGA